AUGAAGUUAGAAAAGUGUGUUACCAUUGACAACGUGAACAGGAACUUGCUGAACAUUCGUUAUGCGGUCCGGGGACCCAUUGUUGAUCGGGCUUUGCAGAUCGAGAGAGAAUUGGCUAAGGGUGCUUCAAAACCCUUCAAUCGUGUUGUACGCGCAAACAUUGGCGAUUGUCAUGCGCUUGGACAGAAACCCAUCACCUUUAUCCGACAGGUCCUAGCACUAGUGUCUUGUCCUCAGUUGAUGAACUCGCCAGAUCUACCUGCUGAUGUUAAGGACAGGGCUACGGAAAUAUUGCAAGAUUGCACACAAGGUUCAGUUGGUGCAUAUUCUCCAUCUGCUGGACUAAUGAUAGUCCGACGCCACAUCGUAGAAUACCUUGAGGCUCGAGACGGUGUCUCCGCCUCCCUUGAAGAUAUCUACCUGGGCUCGGGUGCUUCAGACCUCAUAAAAUCUGUUCUUACACUAUUUUCCGGCGUUGUGGAUGGUAAACCGCCUGCUGUAAUGAUACCGAUACCACAAUAUCCUCUCUUCUCCGGUACCCUGGCAGAAUUGGGCAUCAAUCAGGCCAACUAUUACCUGGAUGAGGAGGACAACUGGGCUUUACAAGUUGAGGAACUGGAGCGAAGUUAUCAAGAAGCCAGUGAACACUCGCGAGUGGUGGCUUUGGUUGUGAUAAAUCCGGGAAAUCCGACCGGGCAGGUUCUGUCACGUCAGAAUAUAGAAGAAAUCAUAAUCUUCGCUCACAAACACAACUUGUUCAUAUUGGCCGACGAGGUAUACCAGGAGAAUAUUAUUUCAAAGCCUUUUUACUCCUUCAAAAAGGUAAUGCACGAAUUGGGGGCUCCCUACAGUGACAUGGAACUGGCAAGUUUUGUCACUUGCUCUAAGGGUUGGGCGGCCGAAUGUGGUCUGCGAGGGGCCUUCCUGGAGCUGACGCGCCUCAGCCCACCUGUACGGUCUGUCUUUGCUGCUUCUCGGGGUGUCAUGCAGUGUCCAACUGUGCUUGGACAGUGUGUCCUUGAUUGUAUUGUGCGUCCGCCUCGUCGCGGUGAGACUUCGUUCGCUCAAUGGAGGGAGGAGAGGGAAAAAAUUGCCCGUUUACUGGCUGAACGAGCAAGCACUGCGUAUAGCACGUUUAACGACAUCCCUGGUUAUAGCUGCAACCCUAUAGAGGGUUCAAUGUUUGCCUUCCCUCAAGUGGAAAUACCAGCGCUGGCGCAAGAGGAAGCAGCUGACCUGGACAUGUCUCCAGAUGAAUUCUACUGCUUAAGGCUCCUAGAGGAAACCGGUGUGUGCGUCGUCCCGGGUACUGGAUUCGGGCAGAGACCUGGAACAUUCCACUUCCGCACAACCAUCCUGCACAGCCGCGAAGAAUUCCAACACAUGAUGGAAUCCAUCACCCGUUUUCAUAACAAUUUUCUUAAUCGAUUUUCCUAG